AUGAUUAAAACGGUGAGGCAUAAUCGUCUUCGUACCCAAUGCGGUAUCUGCGACCAGGACCUGUUGCGAGGUGAUUCCUUCGUCCCGCUACGGGGCGGUGACCCUGACACUGGAUCAGGAACCCGCCUGAACCGAGCAACAUACCCAGGAUACCGUUAUUCUAUUGUUGAUUUUGACGACAGGAGUCUCUGCUUGGUGCCUAACUGCUACCAAUGCGCCAGAUCGCCCGAGGCAGUAGGACUACAUGCAUUCUGCUUCGACGUUUACAAGAAUCACUGCCAAGUCGACAAUUCUAUACAUAGGCUAUGGGCGACAAGAGGUCAAAAGAACCUAUGGAAAGGUGCCCCUAUUCUACAGCUUGAUCGAGAGUCAGAGCUCGAUAUAGAUCUUGUUCGCCAGAAAGCCGAGACGUAUGGUGUUGGUCUGCUGGGCCGACUUCCGGCAGAACUCAUCCAAAUGAUUCACAAGUACAGCGAGAAUGAGAAGUUUUGGCGCUGCAUCUCAGCUCUGCGCCUGGCUAGGGAGUUGUCUGAAUCGCAACAAGACGAUACGAUGCUGCCUUUGUGCAAUAUCGUGACAUGGACAAGGGGAGAAUCGGCUGUUGUGCGCUCUGAGGAGUGUUCGCCCUACAUACGACUCAUUCUUGACCGUCGAGGCAUCCGCAAGAUCGAAAGGUUUCAAGAAAGACUGCCAUAUGAACCAGCUCGUUCGAACAGAGAAGCGCAGUUCAACGUCUUGCAACUCCAGCUUCCAAGUCAUAUACGAGGUUUCCAGGUCUGGGACACUCCCAGCCCCCCUCGACUUGAAGACUGCGAGUUUUAUGGCCGCGUGUCACAGUCGAUGCAGCUCAAGACCAUUAACCUACGCGCUGCGACUGGCCUCACAUUCUUCUUCGCAUACAGCAAGCUUUACGCGGUUCAUGCACAUACCCACAAGAGCCCACAUGCAACUAGAACCUGCGAAGAGAUUAUAUCCAUAGCUAUCAGAACAAGAAGCUCGCUCAAGGGAGGACAAUCCACAGGGCAAAAGCCAUUCCUCUUGUUUCGAAUGAAAUUGGCUGGCGACAUUGCUAUCGGCCCGUACCACUCGGAGACACACAACGAUGUUGUCCUCGGCGAGUCCAGCCCAAAAUUGUUCAUUUAUAGUUCUUCGGGCGUCGGGCCAGCAACCGUAUUUGGAACAUACCCUCGAAAACAAGAGGACGACAGUAUUUCUGUACCGUUUCCUUACCCCUUGUUCAGUAAUCCACCUAUCAACUAUCAUGCCAACAUUUCUUCAGCGCCCUUGGAGGAUGUGACUUGUGUGUGGGUUCGGGAGGAUGAGAACCAAUUUUGUCACGGGGUGCUGUUGGAAUACGAAAACGGGGCUCAACGAGCAUUGGGGGAUUAUCGGGUUGGGAAUUACCUGCCGGGUACGGACCGCGUGAAAAAGCAUUUGAAGCCAUCGCAGAUUUGCUAUCUGGGCCCCCAAGAUGAGGGUGUAGAUGCAUACAAUUUUGUUGUCAAGGCGAGCGAUCAUCAUGAUCAUGACCCGAACCAUGAUGCAGAAGACUGGAAAUGUAAUUCAUUGAGUGGUGUGCUUGAAUUCUGGUUUUCGUUCGAGCGAUCUGUUAUUAGGAUAGUGGAGUAG